AAAAUUAAAAUAGUUCUCUAUUAUUCAUAUGUACUUUGUGUUGUGCUAAGAGAAUUAAUUAAAAAAAAAAAAAACCAACAAACAAAAGAUAAGACUUUACUUAGAGCACGUCCAACUUAACCGACAGCUGCCAAAAUGCCUGAACCAAAUUAUCUAGCGAUGUAUUCUUUUUCUUCAGAACCGCCAAAGAAGGCGCCCAUCAUUAAGUUGUCAUGUGGUAUUGGCGAUACGGAUGGAUUUCCAGCUUUCGACGUGGACUCGGAAGCAUACGCUGUCAAAGAUGACUCUAAAUGGGGUUUUCUGAUUACGGGAGGCGCUGAAUUUCAUAUGCCACUGACAGUGUUUCAGGUUACCCCGGAUGGUCUAGCGGAUAAAGGUGGCAUUCGUCUGGGCGAUAUUAUUCUGGAAAUAAACGAAGAGGACGUAACGGAGCUGACACUUUCACAGGCGCACGAGAAGAUUGACGCCAGUGGCAAAAAGAUACAUUUCCGGGUAAAAACCAUGGAAGAAGAUCCUAUGGAGGAGUUUCAGGUUGGUGAUGAGAAAUCCAUUGUCUUAAGAGUACCUAAACCCGUGCCACCACCACCAGAAUUUACCCCCACUCCACUGCUAGGCUCCCGUUGUUGGCAUCCGGUUAUGUGGAACCCACCUCCACCACCUCCCCCGCCAAAGAAAAAGAAAACUAAAACCGAAAUCGAUGAAGAGGGCAAUGAGGUGGUCAUUGAGUUGAGCGAAGAUGAGUCUUCCGAAGAUGAAGAGGAGAAGGAGGCACCACAUCAUCGCAUCAUACGCAAUAUUCGACGUUUCUUCACCGAAGUGGGUGACAAUGUUGAAUUGAGAAACCGCAUUACCGAGGAUAUGCUCUUGGCUUUGCCCACAGUUUCCAAAAACACAUAAUAAACGCAAAAGCCUCCGUUAUACUUUGUCAAAUUAUUUCCUUAAUUUAACUAAAAUUGUAGUUGGAAUUUAUUUGAUUAUAUUUUUUACGAUAAUUUAUUUAUAACCAUUAUGCCGAUACUAGAAUAAAUAACCCUUUAGCUGCUUACCUGUUGAA